AUGCACGAAAUCCAAACGGUAGCUAAGGAAUACAUAAAUGACGAGGAAGUCAGCCAGGUCGUGGCUGCUAAUAAACGGCACUCCGGCUACAAUCAACCUAGGCAACAAGGUAACGGAGAGAGACAGAAAGAACAAGCCAAAGAGGGAGGGCCGAGCAAGGCACCCAGACCGUUUCCCCGGAUCAGGAAAUUCACCAACUACACUCCACUCACUCUCCCCAUCAUGGAAGUUUACCAGCAAAUAGCCGAGAAAGGAAUCUUGUCGAAGCCCCGACCACUCAAGGACCGUACGGGGGGAAACAAGAGCCUCUACUGUGACUACCACAAGGGCUAUGGGCACCAAACACAAGACUGCUUUGACCUGAGGGAUGCACUAGAGCAAGCGAUAAGGGAUGGUAAACUCUCAGAAUUCUCCCAUCUUAUAAGGGAGCCAAGGAGGCGAUAUCGCGACCAAGACGAGGAAGGCAAGACGCGGUCGGCAAAGCGGCGACAAGAGCCAAAAGACAAAGACCACGGUCUCACCGUGAUAAACGUAGUAACCGCCAAAAACACCGCACCAAGGUCGAGGUCGGCGCACAAGAAAGACGCCAAGAUCCUGGCGGUCUCCUCCGCGCCGAUGCGGAGCUCUAAGAAGCCCCCAUCUAUCUCCUUCGGCCCGGAAGAUCAGUGGUUCGACGAGGCCCCCGAAAACCCACCCAUGGUCAUUACGGCCAGAGUGGGAACCGGCCUCGUCAAACGAAUCCUUGUCGACACGGGGGCAUACUCGAAUAUUAUGUUCCGCAACGUGUUCGAUGCACUGGGGCUAAGGGACGCCGACCUAUCGACUCACCAGCAUGGGGUCAUCAGGUUAGGCGACCACUUUAUCAAGCCCGAUGGAGUGAUAUCCCUGCCGGUUUCCGUGGGAUAG